AUGACUUCGAGCUGUUGUGGAGUUAAAAAACAAAAACUGAACAAUUCCUCAGCGUCGGUCAGUAAUAAUGGACCGUCUGCGAGUCCAAGCUUUCAUAAAAAUGGCUACACGGUAGCCGUGCCUGAUAUGGUGUUUUAUUGCUUUGACGUUUUACAUAGCCAUCUACACACCUAUGAAGCCCCAAAACCAGCGUUCACCAACGACUCUUUUCCCUUGUUUGUAACAUGGAAGAUUGGACGGGAACGAAGAUUGCGGGGAUGUAUCGGUACUUUUGCAGCUAUCAACCUACAUACAGGUCUCAGGGAUACGCUUGCUAUGAAGGACAGCCGAUUUGUACCAAUAGCUAAAGAGGAGUUUCCUAAACUACACUGCUCUGUGUCUAUUUUAACUAAAUUUGAGGAGGCAGAUGACUACCUUGAUUGGGAGGUUGGUUGCCAUGGUAUCAGAAUAGAGUUUUUAAAUGAUAAGGGACACAAAAAGACAGCUACAUAUUUACCAGAGGUGGCUACUGAACAAGGUUGGGAUAGAAUAGAGACUAUAGACUCGUUAUUAAGGAAAGGAGGAUUUAAAGGAACUAUAAAUACAGAAGUUCGUAAGAGUAUACGACUGACUAGAUAUUGUAGUGAAAAACUCUCUAUUAGCUAUUGUGACUAUAUAGCCAAUCGGCAAAAAAACGGCCAGCAUUCUCAUCAAUGA